UCACCAGGGGAAUGUGAGCGCUCCUGCCUGGGGGCUGGAGUCUUCCUGAGUCCCGGGAGAGACUGAAGGCAUUCCCGCCAUGGCCAGCCCAAGGGGGUCAGGAGCAGGCCCUCCUAGAGGAGCCCCCAAUCCGGCCAGCCUGCCUCCAGAAAAGCCAGCCCAGGACCCUCUGUACGACGUGCCAGAUGCUGGAGGGGGAACGGCGGGGGGCCCCCAGCGACCGGGGCGCACAGUGAGCCUGCGGGAGCGCCUCCUCCUCACCCGGCCCGUGUGGCUGCAGCUCCAGGCUAACGCAGCGGCCGCCCUGCACACGCUGCGGACGGAGCCCCCGGGGACGUUCCUGGUGCGCAAGUCCAACACCCACCAGUGCCAAGUGCUGUGCGUGCGGCUGCCCGAGGCCAGCAGCCCCUCCUUUGUCUCCAGCCACUACAUCCUGGAGGGCACAGGGGGCAUCUCCUUGGAGGGCUCAGAGCUCAGGUUCCCAGACCUAGUCCAGCUCAUCUGCACCUCCUGCCAUGACCGGGACGUCCUCCCCCUCCGGCUCCAGCUCCCCAGAGCCAUCCGCCAGGCAGCCACCCACAAGGAGCUGGAAGCCAUCUCUCAUCUGGGCGCCGAGUUCUGGAGCUCGUCCCUGCACACUAAGGCCCGGCCGGGCGCGGAGGAAGGCCCACUGCUGCCCCGACUGAAGCCGCGGCCCCCCCAGGAGCUGGACCAGGGCUCGGGGGCCGCCCUGUGCUUCUUCAACCCCCUGUUCCCAGGCGACCUGGGCCCCGCCCGGCGCGAGAAGUUCAAAAGGAGCUUCAAAGUGUGCGUGUCCACCGAGACCUCCAGCCCCCUGUCCCCGCCCGCGGUGCCACCGCCCCCGGUGCCCGCGCCGCCGCCCGGCGCAGCCCCCAGCCCCGCCGCCAGGGGGCGCCCGCGCCAGCUGCUGCGCCGGGAGAGCUCGGCCGGAUACCGGGUGCCUGCGGGCCUCCCGCCCCUGCCCUCCCUGCAGGAGGUGGACUGCGGCUCCCCCAGCAGCUCGGAGGAGGAAGCGGGGGGCCCGGGGGUCCGGGGGAGCCCCGCCAGCUCGCCGCCCCUGGGCCGCCGCCGCCCGCUGCUCCGCUCCCUGAGCGCCGCCGUCUGCUCGCUGCUGGCGCCCGAGCGGCAGGUGGGCCGGGCGGUCGCGGAGCUGGUGCGGGACAGACACACGGCCGCCGGCCAGCUGGUGCAGGACCUGCUGACCCAGGUGCGCGCUGGCCCCCAGCCCCGGGAGCUGCAGGGGGUCCGCGAGGUGCUGAGCCAGGCCCGGGCCAUGCUGAGCGCCGAGCUGGGCCCCGAGAAGCUGCUGCCCCCCGAGAGGCUUGAGCUCGUGCUGGAGAAGUCCCUGCACCGCUCGGUGCUCAAGCCCCUGCGGCCUGUCCUGUUGGCCCGUCUGCGGCGCCGGCUCUGCGCCGAUGGCUCCCUGGGCCGCCUGACUGAGGGGCUCCGCAGGGCUCGCACCCAGGGCGCUGCGGCCUUUGGGGCGCCCGUGAGCCUGCCCUCACCUGCCCAGGUGGAGCAGGUGCGCCAAAGGCUGCUGCAGCUGCAUCGCUCCUAUUCCCCCAGCGCCCAGGUCCGACGGCUCCUGCAGGCCUGCAAGCUGCUCUACACCUGCCUGAGGGCCCAGGCGGGGGAAGGUGCUGGGGCGGACGCGUUUCUCCCACUGCUGAGCCUGGUCCUGGCGCACUGUGACCUGCCGGAGCUACUGCCCGAGGCCGAGUACAUGUCGGAGCUGCUGGAGCCCGCCCUGCUCACCGGGGAGGGCGGCUACUACCUGACCAGCCUGUCAGCCAGCCUGGCCCUGCUGAGUGGCCUGGACCAGACCCAGACCCUGGCCCUCAGCCCCGCGCAGGAGCUGCAGCGGGCCCUCCGCCUCUGGGAGCAGCGCCAUGUACCCGCCAGCCCAGGCUCCCAGCAUCUGCUCCGAGUGGCCUAUCAGGACCCCAGCAGCGGCUGCACCUCCAAGACCCUGGCUGUGCCCCCUGGCGCCUCGAUGGCCAGCCUGGCCCAGCUCUGCGCCACCAAGUUCCGGGUGGCCCAGCCAGACACUUUCGGUCUCUUCCUGUACAAGGAGCAGGCCUACCACCGCCUGUCACCUGCAGCCCUGGCACACGGGCUGCCAGCAGCCAGCUAUCUGGUCUACCGCCGCCGGGCUGAGACCCCAGGGGCCUCCCCUGGGGCUGCUCCCCAAGAGGGCAGGGAGGAGCCACAGGCUGGGGCCAGGGGUGGGGUGGAAUGGGACCCAGGAGAUGGCAGUGUGCAGGUCAAAAGCAGCCCCGGGGAUAACAGAGGAGAAUCUGAAGCAAGAGCUAAGGGGGCAGAGGAGGCUGAGGAAGCUGAGGGCCAAGAUAGGAGACCCCCUGCCCAGCACAGGGGGCCAGAGACUGGGGGGACCCAGGCAGCAGAGGAGUAGCAGGGAGUGAUGAGUCAGAUAGGAAGCUCACUGAGGCAGGAGGCUGAGCCAGAUGGGAAGGCUGCCACGGCCCCCACCCUAACAGCCACGACCUUCCUCUGCCCCAAUGAGCCAUCUCCUGUGUUUGCCACCUUCUCUGCCUCUGUGAUCACCCCAGAAGGAAGGGGGGCAUGUGCUGACCAUAUCUUGAGGAGUGGAGCAAGGAGGGGCUUGAAAAAUAAGUGACCAGGCCCCUUCCUCUCUGCCCCCCGCCCAGUGAAUAUUCACCUCGGGCCUGGGCAGAGGUCUGUCCCCUCUCACGUGCCCUACGCCCCGGGCUCAGUCCCGGACACAGAGCUGGCCAGGGGUUCCCUCCAGACUGAGGGCUUUAGAGCCCCAAAACACCGCUCUACCUACUCUGGUUAGGAUGGAGGAGGGGAGGCAGCAGAGGCCCCAGGCUACUUGAAGAAGGUGCAUCCUGGGUGGAGGCAGAUAGCAUAGUGGUUCUGCAAAGAGACUCUCAUGCCUGAGGCUUCAAGGUCCCAAGUUCAAUCUCCAGCACUGCCAUUAACUAGAGCUGAGCAGGGCUCUGGUAAAAAAUAUAUAUAUAUAUAUGGAGUCGGGCAGUAGUGCAGCAGGUGGCGCAAAGCACAAGGAUUGGUGUAAAGAUACCGGUUCAAGCCCCCAGCUCCCCACCUGUGGGGGGUGGGGGUCACUUCACAGGUGGUGAAGCAGGUCUGCAAGUGUCUAUCUUUCUCUCCCCCUCUGCCUUCCCCACCUCUCUCCAUUUCUCUCUGUCCUAUCCAACAAUGACGACAUCAAUAAUAACUACAAGAAUAAAACAACAAGGCAACAAAAGGGAGUAAAUAAAUAAAUAAGCAUUAAAUAUAUAUAUCUAAAUAUA